AUGGCACUGUUUUCCGCCUGCGGCGGCUCGGCGCUUCCUUUCUUCCUAGGGCUGGGCUGUGCCACGUGUUCCUGCUCCUUCUGCACGGGUCUCGUGCUCGUCACGUGCGGCGACAGCCUCUCCUCGCCGCUCAGCGCCGCCCCCGCCGGAGCAGCGCGUGAUAGAAAAUCGUACGCGACGCGCAAUUCCCUUAACGGAUCUUAUAUCGGAAGCAGCGCCGCAUUCGACGGGGGCUCGUCGUUUGGAGGGAGCGAUCUUGUUUUCUCAGCAGAACAGGUCAGCCGUCGUGAUAAUGUUCCAGAUUCCAGAAUUACGCAUGUUGCUGCAGGUCUGGAAGCCCGCAGGUCUGGAAGCCAGUGGGCGGUCCGUUGUUUCUGGCGUGCUGGAAACUAUCAAACAGGUUCGCGAUCUCGCCGAAGAAAAUCAAGUAUUCCCGUGGACAGCGGAUCAAUACGCGGCGUAUCUCGCGCGCGCUGCCCCGUCAACAAGUCGAAUGUCGCGGUUAGCAAGCGAUCAACAUCAUUCCCAUUCAUUACGGUCACCAGGCGCUCUCUCCCAUUCGCUGCUGUCGCCGGCCUCCCGUGCGUCGCCUCUACACUCUCCCUCGCUCCAAGCGUCGCUGCUGUCGUCGCGGCAAUUCCGGUCCUUGUCGAGUUCAUGAGCGAGCUCGCGAAACCCGUUAGCCUUCUGCGAGGUAGUCCGUCCAUCUCGCUGCUCACCGUUCCCACCUCGCUCCUCCGCAAUGGCAAUGUCGCGCGAGUCCCAACCCGAGCGCCGCGAUCCGUCAGCUCAGUGCGGUCCAGGAGUAGGAACAUGAGCGCAAGAGCCCUUCAGGGAAAUAGCGCAAGAGCCUUUCAAGGAAAUACGCAUGGGGUUACUUGGGUGACUCCGUCGCUUCUUGCUGCUUCCGGCCCGUCCUCGUCCUCCUCUGCUCCCCGUCCUUCUCGCCGGCCAACCACAGCCGUCCGUGCGGGCAGUGGGAUCAGCCACGUGGACGGUCUGGAUCCGGAAGAGUUCAAGAACGCGCGGAUCACGGUGACGGACGACGGUAUUAUUUUUUCCGUGGUGGACGACGGUGAAUCGGAUAGGGAAAACGAGGUUCCGGAGGAGGUAUGGGAGAGGGAGGAGGGGACAGAGGGGGAGGAGAGGUCGGCUGUGGGUGGUGUGGAAGAGGAGGGAAGAGAUGGUGCUGUGAGUGGGGAAGACGAGACGGAGGAGGAGGAGGAUGAAGGGGGAGAGGCAGCGGCGGGGGUGAUGGAAGAGGCGCAGAGGGUGAUGGAAGAAGCGGCGAAGCUUCUCAGCGUGGCGGAACGACCCGUGGUGGUUGAUGUUGCCGUGAGUGACAGUGAGGAGGAGGACGAGGGGGAAGCGGAAGAGGAUAACGAGGGGGAGGAGGAAGACGAGGAGCAAGAGGAGGACGAAGCGGAAGAGGCGGAGGAGGCAGAAGAGGAAACACUGGCGAUGGGAGCAGAGGAGCAGGUGGGUGGGCGAGACGGCAAGAGGGAGGAAGAGGCGUUAGAGGCGUUAGAGGAGGAGGAGCCCCUCGUUUAUGACCCACCACCGCAGGCGGACUCGAAUGUGGAUCUGGAGGCGACCCUUGGCGCCACUGCUGCUGGUAGCAGUGCCGUUGCUGACAGCAGCUACGGUGCCGAGGGUGGGCAGGACGGCAGGGGGGAUGUAGAGGCGUUGGAGGAGGCGCCUAUUUAUGACCCGCCAGCGUCAGUGGAUUUGGGUGUGGGUCUGGAGAGGACGCUUGGCGAUGCUGAUGCUGCUGGUGCCAGCCUCGUUGCGGACAGCAGUUAUGGUGCUGGGGAUGGCUUUGGUGCUGAUGUGAGCUCCGUUGGUGAUGUGAGCUACAGUGCUGAUGUCAGCGAUGGUGCUGGGGAUGGCUUUGGUGCUGAUGUCAGCUCCGUUGGUGAUGUCAGCUACAAUACAGGUGUCAGUUAUGGUGCUGAUGCGAGCUACAGUACCGAUGUCAGCUACAGUGCUGAUGCGAGCUAUAGCACAGGCAGCAGCUACAGUGCUGGCAUCAACACCAGCCUUGGCAGCAGCACUUUCGGCAACAGCAGCACCCGUGGCAGCACACUUGGUGGCACGGAGGUGGAUCUAGAGGAGGAGGAGAGGCGCGUGGCAGAGCGGCUCAAGGCCCUGGCAGGGUUGGCACUGGGGGGAGAAGAGGGAAUAGCAGUGAGGGGAGAGGAUUCAGGGUUGGGUGAAGUCCGGGCAGGCGAAACUGUGGAUAUUUUUUUCCACCGCCCGGCAAGCGUGCUGAAAGAAAAGGCUGGGAUUUUUGUCGUAGGUGCUUUUAACGAGUGGCAGUGGGAGCCGUUUAAGUAUGAGCUGAAGCCCUCUAACGAGGUGGCAAAUGACUGGUGGACGUGCAGCGUGACUAUACCGAAGGAGGCGUAUCAGAUGAACUUCGUUUUCCACAGCAGUGAUAACGUGUAUGAGAACAACGAGGGGCGGGAUUUCUACAUCUCAAUAGAUGGGGGCAUGGGAGAGGAUGAAUUUGAACGGUUCUUGAAUGAGCAGAAGCAGAGGGAGGCGGAGGAGAGGGCAGCAGAGGAGGCGGAGAGAGAGAGGAAGGCAGAGGAGGAGAGGAGGGCCGCCCUGCUGCGAGCCCAGCAGGAGGAGGAACGGGCGACGGCCCGAGCCGUGGCUGAUGAGGCUCGGCAGAGGCUUGGGCCGAUAUGGGAGAAUGCAAGGGCGGGAGAGGAAGGGGUGUGGCGCCUGGAGGUGAAGGAAGGGGCGGAAUGGGGAGGGAAAGUGGCAGGGGAAGGAGGGGGGGUUGAGAAGGGGGUGGUGGUGAGGGUGGAGUAUAACCGGGCGGGUAGGCCCCUGGCAGGGGCGGGGGAGGUGUGGCUGCAUGCGGGGGUGAAUGGGUGGCAGGGUGGCGUGUCUGUUGUGGAGAAACUGGAGUGUGUUAAUAACGAGGAUGGCGACUGGUGGGCCGUGGAAGUCGCUCUACCACAGGACGCAGUGGCGCUCAACUGGGUGUUUGCGGAUGGGCCAGUGGGGAAAGCAGGCGCGUGGGACAACAACAGCCGGCGGGACUUCGCGGGGCGGAUUGGCGAUGCGGAGCAGAUUGAGGCCCUGUUUGAGGGCAUGGCGGCGGAGUGUCUGCAACGACUGGAGAAAGAGAGGGAGGAGCGGGAUGCGAAAGAGGCUGAGGAGGCAGCGCGGCGUGCGGAAAUCAAAGCAGCCAUGAAGGCACGCACCAAAGCAGUGUUCCUGCAGUCCCAGGCACACGUGUUCUUCACUGAGCCUGCAGAACCACGAGCAGGAGAGGCAGUGCGCGUGUACUACAACCCUAGCGGCACGGCGCUGCAGGGCAGGGAGAAAGUGUGGAUGCGCGGGUCGUUCAACCGCUGGACCCACCGCUCGGGGUGCUUCCUUCCCCUUCAGAUGGAGCCCGCUGACAACGGCACUCACCUCGUGGCUGAAGUCCCCGUGCCUCACGACGCGUACAUAAUGGACCUUGUCUUCAUGGACAGCAGCGACCCCACCACGGCAACGUAUGACAACCGGGGAGGCCUGGACUACCACGUGCCCGUGGCGGGCAGCACUGCCAGGGAGCCGCCUCUCUACAUCGUGCAUGUUGCUCUCGAGAUGGCACCUGUUGCCAAGGUGGGGGGUCUGGGUGAUGUAGUGACGUCACUGUCGCGAGCCACAAUUGAGCUGGGCCACAGAGUGGAAGUGGUGCUGCCGAAAUACGACUGCCUCAAGUAUGACCAGGUGCAAGGGCUGGAGGCGAGGGGCGAUUUCCUGUGGGGCGGCACGCGGUGGCUGGUGUGGCAUGGCCGAGUGGAGGGCAUCCCCGUGCACUUCCUCGAACCUGAGAGCGGGUUGUUCUGGGUGGGGUGCAUCUACGGCCGCAAGGACGAUGCUGCCCGCUUCGGCACCUUCUGCCACGCGGCCCUUGAGUUCCUGCUGCAGACAGGCCGCUCCCCGGACCUCCUGCAUUGCCACGACUGGUCGUCAGCGCCAGUGGCGUGGCUGCAGAGGGAGCAGUACAGCGGGUACGGAGGGGGCAACGCACGCACAGUGUUCACCAUCCACAACCUCGAGUUCGGGCAGGACAUGAUUGGCCGCGCCAUGGCAGCCUGCGACAUGGCCACCACUGUGUCCCCCACAUACGCGGCGGAGGUCAGUGGGCAUGCAGCAGUGGCGGCACACAGGGCCAAGUUCCACGGCAUUCUCAAUGGCAUCGACCCCGACCUCUGGGACCCCAUGGGGGACCCUUUCCUUCCGAUGAAAUACUCCUCUGCCGAAGUCGUGGAGGGGAAGCAGGCAGCCAAGGCAGAGCUGCGCGCGCGCCUCAACCUCCGCUCCUUCACCCCUUCAGAAGACCGUCCCUUAGUGGGCAUAGUCACGCGCCUGACAGCACAGAAGGGCAUAGCGCUGAUCAAGCACGCGCUGUGGCGCACGCUGGACAGAGGGGGACAGGUGGUGCUGCUGGGGUCGGCCCCUGAUGGGCGCGUGCAGGGCGAGUUUGAGGCGCUGGCGAGGGACCUAGGGCGCUCGCAUGGAGACAUGGCCCGGCUCUGGCUGACCUACGAUGAGCCCUUGUCGCACCUGAUCUACGCAGCCAGUGACAUGAUUCUCGUCCCCUCCAUAUUUGAGCCGUGCGGGCUCACCCAGCUGGUUGCGAUGCGGUACGGAGCGGUGCCAGUGGUGCGCAAGACAGGCGGGCUGAGGGACACAGUGAUGGACGUGGACAGUGAGGAGGACAGGCAGAGAGCGGCAGAGAGAGGCAUGGAGGCCAACGGAUUCUCCUUUGAAGGGGCCGAUGCUGCUGGCGUUGACUAUGCCCUCAACAGGGCGAUCUCGGGGUGGUACGAUGGGAGGGAGUGGUGGCAGGGCCUGGCUAGGCGAGUCAUGGAGCAGGACUGGACGUGGAACCGCCCCGCUCUUGACUACCUUGAGCUCUACUAUGGCGCUCGGAAAUAG